UUGGAUGGAUGGCUACCCGCUACUUCCUAGGGGGAACGAUGAAGCAGAUCUGCUUCUGCGCCGCCUCCCCCUUCGUGAGCCAAGACUGGAGCAAGAACGAUGAAAAACUCUUGCAGGCAGUGGAAUUCAACGAUGCAGAUCGAGUCUCCUCGCUCCUGCUCCGGAAGAGCCUGGUCCCCACCAAACUGGACAUGGAGGGGAAAUCAGCGUUCCAUCUGUGUGCUAUGAAGGGAAACGUGGACUGCUUGGAGGUGAUGCUGGCCCAUGGGGCAGAUGCUCUGACCACAGACGGUUCAGGCCACACAGCCCUGCAUCUGUCGGCGAAACACGGCCACCCACAGUGUGUAAGCAAGCUGUUGCAGUCUUCCUGCCCUGUUGAUGUAGCCGAUAGCCAGGGAAGGACCGCACUCCACCAUGCAGCCAUCCAUGGAUCUAUCUCCUGUUUGGAAAUCCUUUGUGACUUUAAGGCUUCCUUGAACGUUAAGGAUCAGGAUGGGGCGACCCCUCUGAUGCUGGCUGCCAAGAGGAACCACUCUGAGCUCUGCCGCUACUUGCUACACAGAGGAGCAGCUGUUAAUGCAAGAGAUCAGAAAGGCCGAACAGCCCUGAUGGUUGCCUGUGAGAAUGGCAGUGUGGAGACAGUUGAGGCUCUUGUCCAUGGCGGGGCAAGGGUCAGCCUCAUCGAUGCUACAGGCCGUGAUGCAGCACACUAUGGAGCUGCGACAGGCAAUGCCCUCAUUCAGCACUAUCUCCAAGACGCUGCCCAACGCCACUCCUGGGCCAGUGAAGAACCAUCACCUGAUCUGUCUUCUCAGGCAUCUUCUUCUCGGCAGUCUCUCUGCAAGGAGAAGAGCAGCAGUCCAAGGAAGCGGAAGGCACCUCAACCGCCCACAAGUAACCCCACCCAGGAGGACCGGGAAGCCUACGAGGAGAUUGUGAGGCUGCGGCAGGAGAGGGCUCAGUUUCUGCAAAAGAUCCGGGAACUGGAGCAGCUCCAGGAGAGACAGAAACAGGAACAGCUGGAGUUCCAGAAUGGCUCCUUGCCUACUCUGGAGAAGCAGGUAGAAGAUCUUCAGAACCAACUGGCGGAGACAGCAAACGAGAAAGAAGAUCUUGGGAAGGAACUGGAGGUGCUACGAAGCCGUCUUUCAUUGUUUGAGAAUGAGAAGGAAAAUACCAGCUACGAUGUGGAAACUCUGCAGGAUGAAGAGGGGGAGCUGCUGGAGUUCCCAGCGGCUGAACUUCUUCUAUCCAAAAAAAACUUAAGUGCCUCUACUGAAGAACUCGUUGCAACCCUGCAGGGCCAGAUAGAGUCCCUGAUCCAGAAGAACAAGAAGUUAAUGGAAAAAAUACAGAUUCUGGAGAAGUACGAGAAGGAUGAAAGCGAUGCUGACACUUCUGGGGACUUCAUCCCUGUCAUUUUGUAUGACUCGCUCAGGUCAGAGUUUGAGAAGCUGAAAGAACAGCACAUGGAGGCUCAGGCGGUUCUGAAGGCCCUUGAAGGCCACAGAACAGGUGGAAACUCUCUAAAACUCAUCCCAGUGGAGGUUUAUGAACAGCUGAAGGUUGAUUAUGAGAAGCAAAUAACAGCUCUUAAAGAAGGUUUGGAGAAGAUCAGCUGCCCGGACAAUCCAAUCCGUAGGAACCAAACAGUGGAAAGUAAAGCUGGCUUGGAACUGGAAGGAAAGAGCCAACUCAACCAGGUGACCAGAGAAGAGGUGGAAGAGCUAGUGAAUGAGUUAAGCAAGACCCAGGAGAAGUAUCAGGCAGCUUUGGCUGAGGUGAAGCUCCUUGAAGAUCAGAUUCAGCUGGGGAUCUGGUCUGUGGAGGACAAAGAGGGUGUGGAGAGCUCCAGAAUUGAACUUGAGACUGUGAAGGCUGCUCUGCACCAGACCCAAGAGGAGCUGAAGGAGCAAGAUCAGAAGGUGAAGGAUUUGGAGGGGCUGCUUGGGGCUCAGGAUGAAAGAGUUCCCCAAGGCUGCUCCACUGAGGCGUAUGAGGAGGUGAAAGCCGCGCUGGCCGCCUCCUUGGAUGUGGUGUCCAAGGAGAAAGAGGCCCUUCUAAUGAGGUGUACCUCUGCUGAAACAGAACUCAGGGAACUGAGAGAGUCCUUGGAGGAGAAAAACCAUGAGCUGCCCGGAGGAAGUCCUUCGGUCAGCUGGGCCCUUCAGGAGGAGACUGGCAAACUGCGAGCGCAGCUGGAGGCCAUGGCAAAGCAACACGAGGAAGUGAAGGCUCACGUGGAACGGCUCCGAGCUGGGCGGGAGAAACUGGAAGAGGAGCUCCAAGCCACAAGGGAGAGGCUGGCCUCCCAGUACAUCUCCAGGCUGGAGCACGAAGACAUGGUGGGAAAGCUGAAGGCUUCCCUCUCAGAGGCUGAAAGGAGGUUACUGGAGAUGAAAGAGAAGUACAGCUCCAUCCGGACAGAGCUGGCAGAACUGCAGAGGACAACAGAGAGCUACAGGCAAGAGUCGGUGCCCCUGGCAGAGCAUGCUCGUGCCAAGGAGGCCUUGGAGGGCACCCUGUGGGAGCUGAAGGCCAAGGCUAAGCUGUUGGAACAGGAGCUCAAGGUCAAGGCCCAGGAGGCCUCGCGCCUCCAGGUGGAGCUGGACGAGGUCCGUCAAGGCGCGGUGUCCAAGGAGUCUCACGAACAGCUGAGGGCACGCUUGCAGGGUGAAAUCGAUGUGCUGAACGUGAAGCUGAGCGAUCUGGGGUGCAAGCAUGAGCGUACUUGCACGGAAGUCUUCCAGGUGCAGCGGGAGGCCCUCUUCAUGAAGAGCGAGAAGCACGCCACCGAGGCUCAGUUAGCAGUGGCCGAGAAGCAGCUGCAGAGCUUGCGGGCCGAGUCCGGACGCCUCCAGGAGCUGCACAGCCACAUCGAGGACUCGGCCAAGCUGGUCAGAGAAAAGGACAAGAAGAUCACAGAACUCUUGAAAGAGGUCUUCAAACUGAAGGAGGCCCUGAAGGACCUUUCAGAGCUUUCCAGUGGUGCUUCCUCUAAAGGGAUCUUCUCACCAAAGGCAGAGAGCGAGCUGGAAGUGGCCACCUUCCAGAACAGAAUUAAAGAUCUGGAGCAGCAGCUGGUCGAGGCUGAGCGGCGCCACAGCAACGUCAUCUCCUUGUACAGAGGACACCUGCUCUACGCCAUCCAGGGCCAGAUGGACGAGGACGUCCAAAGGAUCCUCUUCCAGAUUUUGAAGAUGCAAAGGCUCCAGGAGCAAGGGAGAUGAGACAAGGCGAUGGACUGCAGACUCGACCUGGGGUGGGGUGGGCAGGCUGGGCAUUUCCCUGGGGGAGAAGGACAUCUAGGCCACACCAACCAUCCAGUCCAACUGUGAGCCAGGAGGGAGCUGACCAGCUCCAACCCAACACCUUUGAAUUGCUCCGCAGCAGGCCGGAGACCAUGGAGGCUUGUGUUUCACCUUUACCUUUCCAUGUUGGGCAAAGCACUACUGGUUGAAUUUCUGCCUGCCAUAACAAUGUUAAAGGCUACAUGGUCAUUGCAGGGAGAAAAAAAAACGAGUAGUAAGAGAGAUGAAAGACCUAGAGAGGGACGGGGUGUGAUCCACAGCGGUCAGCUGCUUAUUUCCAAGAGUCACUGGGGCGAAGGGCAAGGAAGGGUCCCAAUUCUUCCUUUCCCAGGAAACGUACUGGGGAAUCUCAGGCCAGUCAUUC